AUGGAUCCCAUGGCCAGCAGCUGCAUGCGGAGUGCUCACCCCCCGGCCCCGGUCUGGGGCUGCCUCCGUAACCCCCACGCGGAAGGCGGCGGGGCCUCGGGACUCCCCCACUACCCGCCAACCCCGUUCUCCUUCCACCAGAAGCCAGAUUUCCCGGCGGCGGCGACAGCAGCGUACCCCGAUUUCUCAGCCUCCUGCUUAGCAGCCACCCCACACAGCUUACCCCAGGAGGAGCACCUCUUUGCUGAACAGCACCCAGCCUUUCCGCAGCACUUCCCCGUCUCUGACGCCCCACGCAAGCUCACCCCGGGUCCUACUGGCAGCUCCCAGGACAUGGGGGCCAGCAGCCCCGGCCUGGUAGAUGCCAGGGGAGCCGCCGGUGAGGACUACGAGGGCCCCGGGAGCACUGGCAGUGAGACGGAGAAGAAGGCAACCAGGCGGAAGAAGGAGAGUUCAGACAACCAGGAGCCCCGAGGGAAGGCGGAGGGCGGCAACAAGGCCCGCAAGGAGAGGACAGCCUUCACCAAAGAGCAGCUGCGGGAGCUGGAGGCCGAGUUCGCCCAUCACAACUACCUGACCCGGCUCCGGAGAUACGAGAUCGCCGUCAACCUGGACCUCUCCGAGCGGCAGGUCAAAGUGUGGUUCCAGAACCGAAGGAUGAAGUGGAAGCGCGUGAAGGGGGGUCAGCCCAUCUCCCCCCAUGAGCAAGACCCCGAGGACGGGGACUCCGCGGCCUCUCCAAGUUCAGAGUGAGAUUCUCCAGAGGGAAAAAACAGACGAGGACUGCACCCCUCCUGCUCCCGCCCUGCCCCUCCCCCCAGUCCUCCUCCACCUUCUCCCGCCUCCUCAGAGCAGCCUCUCCACAUCUUGAAAUGACUCUUGAAGAUGAACCUGCCCAGUGUUUCCGGGAGCCCAGAAAGUUCCUUCCAGCAUUGCUCCUCGAAGCCCCUUUUCUUCCCACAGCUCUCCUGGAGUCAGAUCUUUGCCCAGUGUAGACCCCACUUCUCUGCAAAUCCUUGCCAUCCUCCACUCCUCCUCCCCCUCCUCCAUGCUGACACCACCAGCAGCAGAAGGGGGAAGGAUUGCCCCCCCCAGGCACGUGA